GAGGCGGCGGCUGUCCGACCAGUCAGGCUUCGAGUUCGCUCACACGCUCUAUUUGCUUUCCCCACCCUACGUGCGCGGGGGCGCAAAGGCGGGAAAAUAACCUCCAAGUCUAAGGGAGUUUCUGAAGGGGUGGGAGGUGAGGAAGAAGGUGGGUUUAUGAAGGAUUUUUCUUAAAAAAAGAGGAACUGAGAUGUGGUAAUACAGCGAGUUCCUCAUCAGUUUUUGAGGAGGCUCAAGUGGUCAGUCCCAUGAUGCCAAGGAGCAUAUUUUUUUAUUCCUGUCAGAAAGGGCCAUAAUUGGGCUUUUAUAAUAUCUCCUCACACCAAUCCUGGGUAAUAGUUUACGUUGAAAGAUAGGCACUCUCGCACAGCAAUCCUGCGAGAUUAAUAGCCAAGCAGGGAUUUGAGCCCAUGUCUCCUUAUCUAAGCCCAACACUCAUUAAGCACCACACUUGCUGGCUCCUGCUUUUGAUGAAAAUAGCCUCAAUGAGUUUCAUAUUUACCAAUGAACGUUUAAAAUACAGGCCACUUUGUUACUUGCCCCACUACUGUGGUGAAUGGGAUAAGUUCUGAUUUUGUUAAUGGUGAAGGGGAAAAGGUCAAAGGAUACAGCCAGGUUCACACCAAACCUAUUUUGAUGAGAAACAGCGAGAAAUAAACUGCAGGCAUGCUCUUUAUGGCGGGGGUCAGGGAAUGUAUCCGUGCAACGUUUCGUUCUGUAUUUAUAAGAUGUGUGAAGCAAAAAAUGUUUAAAAAUACAGGAAAGUUAGAAGUCAAAACAAUUCUCAAGAGUUUCAUUUACUUGCUUGGAAAAUCAAUACAUUAAUUAUGUGCAGGAAACACAGGCAGAAACUGGGUGAACACUUGUCUGCCAUACAAAACAAGUUCAAUUUUUGAUCAGUGCUAGUUGGGCUGCUGGGGCUUCAUGAUGGUGUGGUGUGCUGUGCAAUAAGCUGUUGCCCAUGAUUUUACUGAAUAAUUUCAAGAAGCUUGCUCAGAUUCAUUUUGUAAAAUAUAAUUGGGGUAAAAUUGGAGAAAUGUUAUUCAAGCCCAUAAUACUUGUACAAUGCAUGGGUAGUUCCAGUACAUUAGGCUUGGAGCACAUACUAGAUUGGUCUAAUCCAAAAUGUUCAUAGCCUGUCCAUAAUUUAGGCAAUUAUUUAAAGAGUAAUUAUCUCAGAAGAAUUGCCAUAUGAUGCUUGUGGAAUCAAAAGACAGCAAGUAUCAAAGGUUGGAAUUCAAUGUCUUGCUUUUCCCGUCAAUUCCAUCUGUGCAACACAUCCACCCCCCGUUCUUCUAUGUGUUGUUCUGGGGGUUCCCCCUAACUUUCCCCAGAACCAAUUUCAGGGGGUGGAGGGGAGAGGAGAAGGGAAAUCCCUGUUGUGCAAGUGGAAGCUCUUGCACAGAAUUUCUGCUAAGGGCCUGGUUAGGUAAAUCCUUCCCAAGAUCUGUAAUAAAACUCCAUAGUUCUCAUUGAAAAAUAAAAAUGCAAAUUUCUCACUACUGCAGUUUCAGGGCAAUAUAUAUAUAUUGGCAAUUAAAUUAAAUUUUGGUCAGUCUCAUCCCAAUGCACUAUUAUUGCUUCAUUAAAGUUUCCCAACCAAUAUUAUGGGAUUUUAAAAAAGCAAAUGAAGCACUGCCUGAACUGAACCACCCAAUCAAUUUAAUCUUUACAAAACUUCAACUACAUAUCAGUUAAGAUUAUACAUUUGCUUUGCUUCUUGUUAAAUUCUAAUCUAAACAAAUGUAAAGAAAAAAAUUAUUAAGUUAAUUUUAUUGGCUUUACAGUGCUUUUGGCAUGACAGUGGUCAGAUACUCAUCUUAGAGUUUGGUGAUUGGGCGAGACCCUUGUAGGUCUGGAAAAGAUGCCUUGAUAUACUGUACUACUUUUGAAUUUUCAGGUGUUGGUAGGUAGAAACUUAGUAGUGUUUUCCUGCCUCAUGCUUCUUUUCUAAUCUAUUUCAUGUUUCCCAACUUUUGUUUCCCGCAGCUCUCAAAAUCCAGCUUUGUUCUAGUGACAAAAAGGAAACUACAGAAUGAGGAAAGUGAUUACAACUUUGCGGGAAUUCUCAGACCAUGACCUGGUGCACUUCUUCAUAAGACCUCAGAUCAUUGCUCGGAUCCUGGCAGGGGUGAGAAAAAGUACAACAAAAUCAAACACUGGUUCCAUGACUUCUAAAUUCAGGAUCAUAUUUAGACAUUGAUCUGGUUUUGAAUCAAAACAAUCCCUCCAGAAUUAUUUUCAUUUUUUUUCUAUUACAAUCUAUGAAAUUCCAAAUAACAUGUCCCAGUACAACAUGCAUUGUUUGGACCUCACCAGACACUUUCUGGAGCAUUUAUGCAAAGGUUGCCCUAUACCUGUGGAAUAUGCAAGUGUAAAAUGCACCAACACCAACUUGCACUCACUCACACACGCCAUCCAUCUACACAAAAGAUGUACACAGUUUUUGUUACCAACUAAGAUCCAGUUCUUUGGUUUUAUAAGCAGGGCAGCUUUUCCUAACCCCAUGGCUAGAUUGCCUCUAUAUGGACGAGCUUCUGCAAGCUUGAAUGAAGCACUGAACUCAAGUGUCUCACAGCUCUCACUUGGAUAGGAGCAGGAGAGCUCCUGAUAUUAUUUUCUGUCUCAUUGAAUCUCAGUUUAGCAUGAGGUAUGAACCAGGAGUCCUGAUUUCAAACACACUCUGGUCAAUAAAUAAGCUAACUUCAAACCAUAGGUUAUGAAGCUGAUUUACUAAACUAGCUGGGGUUUGUUUCAAAUCAGAAUUCCUUAUUUGUACCCAACACUAAGCCAAGAUUCGGUGAAACUGAUGCUAAAUUUGGCAGCUCUCUCCUCAGCUGUGGGGGAGUACAGGAGUCUGGUUUUUCACUCAGGUUUGCUAAGUCUCAUUCAAGUUACACUAAACCAUGCAAAUGUAGCCCAUGUUCUUCCAUCAACCUCAUUUAUAGUACAAUUUCCAUUAUAUGAACCAGAGUUAUGUACCAGUUGUGUUCCCAUGGGCGUAGCCAGGUUUUUUUGGGGGGGGCGGCAGGACUUUUUUGGGGGGCAGAACUGACGUGAUAGGUCAGUUAAGUAUUUCUAUUGUUUUAUUUGAUAGGGGGAGCAGCUGCCCCUUUGGCUAAGCCUAUGUGUGUUCCCCAUGAUAGUUUUGGUCUGUGUAAGGAGUUUAUACAAAUCUCUGACUUUUGUAUAUUUUCCAUGCUAUUAGUAAGAGUGAUGUUGGUACUACUUACAUUGCUAUUUUGGUUUUUUUAAUAGUAACCAGCCCCUAGCAUCUAGGCAGUGUAGUAUGUUUUGGAUUUGUCUCUAAAUUCAAAAGCUUUAUACGAACAGCAUGAUUAUUUUCCAAAAAUGUAAGCAAAAACUGCCCAAGUCUGCUAAGAACCUGAGACUUUCACAUGAGAUAUAUGUGGGCCAUGGUUAGGAAGAGCAGAGAACUAGACUUACUCAUCUUCAUCUCAAUGCAUACACUAUGGGAUUUGAUUAUUGGAGAGGAUACAAAGAUAAGAUGGGUUGAUUGUAAAUAUAGGCAAGAGUUUUACAUGAGACAUAAUAUGGUAUCUCAACAACAAUCGUACUUAACUCUUUCUUGCUUUCGCCCUUCCCAGGUUUUAUCCCUGACUAUCUUUGCCUCCUUGGUGACUGAAGGUUAUCAGAACCUGACAAAUUCUUCCCAACUACACUGUGUUUUGAAUGAUAAUGGGACAGCCUGCUGCUACGGCAUCACAGUUGGCAUACUCGCUUUUCUUCACUGUCUUCUCUUUUUGGGUUUUGAUGUCUAUGAACCUUCCAUUACAACUCACAAAUUCAAAUAUACCAUCCUUGUCCUGGAUGUCACCUUCUCCAGUGAGUUGACUUCCUUUCUUCCAAAGCCAUGGGAUAGAGUUUUGAUAUAUGUGAUUAGUAGAUUGGUGAAGCCCUGACACAACCAGAUGCAAAGUCAGCAUAAUCAUGUAUUCUAACCCCUGUUGUGUCCCAAAACUAGUUUACACCACUGUAGCUAUUAUUUACUAUACCUCCUACCACCACUUCUUGUUGUGUCUCAGCAAACCAACCAGCAGUUUCCCCAAUGUACCAGCCUCAGUUGCUUUCCCACUUAUCCCACUGCAGCUCUUUGCCAGUUGAUAGUGUUUGGUACUCUGCUUUAUCUGUCCCAACGGCCAAGGUGGUGGAGCCAAAGUGACAGACCUACGGUAAUUAUAAGAUGCCAUUCUGAAGGCACUGUAGCUUGUUUCCUAUAUAAAUCAACUCAGUUAUUGAAAUCUGCUCCAGAGACCCUGCUUUGGGUCCCCUUGCUGUUAAAAGUGCAGAGGGAGGGGGCUUAUCUAAGACCUCCUUAGUGUGGAGGAAAAGAAAAGAAACCUAAGAUCCAAAUUAUUCUAUAUUCACUUUUAUCAAUAUGUAGUAUGUAUCAAUAUGUACAUACACAUUUUCCGUAAGAGGCAGAAGCUAUCCAUGGGUGGGUUACUCCUUCCAUUUUCUGGGUAGAGAAGGCUAUAUAAAUACCUUCAAGCUUAUUUGUUUGGUGAGAGGAGAUCUACCAUUUACAGUCCUGUCUGCUUUGCAACGAUGAACUUCCAGAUGGUUGCUAUUUUGCAGUGGGAUUCACUUGGCAUAUCUACAAAUUCAGUUUGUGCAAGUAAAAUGGAUUUUGUACUCUUAUGCAGUAAACCUGCUUUUGAAAAAAAUCCAAAACUUUCUGGGUUAAUGGAAGUGAUGGGAAAACAAACUGGAAAAUAUGAGGUAACAGUUGCUUGAUACAGCACUAUAACCUCCCUGCAAACAAAUCAAAAUGAAUGCUCAAUAAACCGGACUUUGUGUAACAUCUCCACAAAUGUUAUGCAAACAAAUCAGGAUGAAUUAUCAAUAACUAAUUCAUCUAUAAGCAACCUCUGGCAGGGAGUGCUAAUCACCAGUGAUGAAUAACCAGCUGCUCAGAAAAGGUACCUCAGAAUACUGAAAGCUAAAGCUCUGCAGUCUUCAAGAACUAGGUUGGAGCAGUAUUAUCUGAUUGUGAAGGGCAUGGAAAAAUGGCUAUGUCUCCUCAAGGUGCUAUUGGAGAUCCAACAAUAACUGGAUUUAUUGCUCAGUUUUUCAUGUCAAAUGCAACUCAAAGCAACUUACAACUAAAUAGACAGAAACACACAAAAAAGUAUGUUAAAACAACACAUUAAAAACACCCCACUACCACAGUUGUCUUAUACUCCUUUUCCCAUCUCUUUAAUAACAGUCCCUCACAUAUGUGCCUUACCGUAGCAGCAUUUUUUUGCACAGGUUUCCACCUUUCCCCACUCCCACACAGAAUUAUCAGAAUUGCAUGUCAAAGCUUAACUACAUGUGCAGGAGAUUGAGGCGUUGAGGUACUCUGCCAUCAUAUUCAGGUAGGGAAGGGGAGGAGUAGCUCUGUGAAACCCUUGUUGUUGUUUAGUCGUUUAGUCGUGUCCGACUCUUCGUGACCCCAUGGACCAGAGCACGCUAGGCACUUCUGUCUUCCACUGCCUCCCGCAGUUUGGUCAAACUCAUGCUGGUAGUUUCGAGAACACUGUCCAACCAUCGUCCUCUGUCGUCCCCUUCUCUUUGUGCCCUCCAUCUUUCCCAACAUCAGGGUCUUUUCCAGGGAGUCUUCUCUUCUCAUGAGGUGUCCAAAGUACUAGAGCCUCAGCUUCACAGUCUGUCCUUCCAAUGAGCACUCAGGGCUGAUUUCCUUAAGAAUGGAUAGGUUUGAUCUUCUUGCAGUCCAUGGGACUCUCAAGAGUCUCUUCCAGCACCAUAAUUCAAAAGCAUCAAUUCUUCGGCGAUCAGCCUUCUUUAUGGUCCAGCUCUCACUUCUCACUUCCAUACAUCACUGUGAAACCCUAGAGAGCUGCUAGUAGAAAUCCUGAGCUGGAUGAAUAAAUGGUCUUAGUGGGUGGGAAACCUAAGGCCAGGGAGCCAAAUCCAGGCCACAACCCUCACUGGCCCUGUUCUGCACCCUCAAGUGUUUUUGCCUGGCUGGAAUGUGCGUUUCCAUGAACCUAUAGUGCUUUUCACUUGCCUGGGUGAUGGGUAGAGAGGCGUGUAUAUGUGUAAAUAGUUGACUUGUGUGUUGUUGAAAUGUAGCCUAUUGUACAAAGGCAAGGGAAGAGUCGCAUAUGUUACUCUGGCCACUUUUUGCCUUUGUCCCCACUCACAACUGGUCCCAAAGGUUGCCCAUGAGGGAAUGUGGCUAUUGUACUACAAAAGGUUCCUGUAAAAUAUGUGAAAGAAUCCAUGCUGCUGAUGGGCACGCUGACUGCCUUCUUUUAUACUGAUUGAGUAUUGUAUUGCCUUCUUGUACCUCUGCCUGUUGUUCAUUUCUUGAUGAGCCAAUCCCUGUGCUGGGGAGUUCACAAAAGACAACAGACAAAACAUGGAGACAGACAAGGAAACAAUAAGAAAAUACCAGUUCCAUACAAAAUGCUGUCAUUUCCACAUGCUGUCUUAUCUGUUGCUGUCAGACUUAUUGGACAAGCAUGAUCACAGAAAAUGAGUGCUUCAAGUAGGGCAAUGAGUUGGCAUUAUAUAUCUGAAUGAAACAUUUUUCAGGCCCUGGCUUUUGGCAACUCAUCAGUGCUCAGUACAGCUCCAGAAAUGCCACUGAGCCAUCUCAUCUGGUUUUUUUGCCUUCCAUCUGUACUGCCUGUCAAAUAUCUCCACACCUUCUGUCAGAUUAAGCUAUUGAGUACAUUGCCUUCCCACCCCACUGGGUAUUCAUUUUAGGCCCUCUUUAUCCCUAGAAAAUAUAUUGGUCAAAUUAAUUACUUUUGCCCUAUACGUUGUUCUGUGCCUGUACAAAUCUAGCAUAAUUUCUUUAUCUUGGAACCAAAGAAUAAAGUUGAGUUCACUGAAAUGGAAAGGUAUAGUUUAAAGUAUAGUUAAACCACAUCAAAAGGAAAUACAUUUUACUAUGCAAACAUAAAAUCCAGUAAAAGAAAGGUCAGAUGUUUCGGUGAUUUUCUCAGAAGUGCAAUAGAUAAUACUACCAAAUUUGUGAGGAAAAGCAAUACAUUCUUUUGCCUCUGUGUUUAAAGCCAUAUUUCUAAUAAUUAAAGAUUAGUAGAGACCAGAUUAUCCCACACCUGCUUAUUAUGGGGCUCUUGCCUCUCAAACAUCUGGCACAAGUCUUAUUUGAGAUAGGAUGUUUGGCUGGCUGGACCAUAAACAAAGCUGAUGCAAUCUGGCAGCUUUCCUUUUCUCCCUUAUUGUUCAUCAGCUACAAAGGCAAAAGCUCCUUUUAAUACACCUGUCAAUUGUGCAGUGUUUGUUUUAGGGAAUGAUUGCCCUUCUGAUCCCUGAAGGCAGUUGGUUUAUCCAUGAAUGCAGGAGCUUUUAUUAAAUUUAGAUUUUGCUGACUUAGUUCUGAAGCUGCUAUAAUGCUGCUGCUGCUGAUGCAGUUUAGAGCCACCUUCUCAAUUUCUCACUAUGAGAUUGGUCAGAUUUUGGAAUGUAACAAGAGCCCAGCUGGAACAAAUAAAAGGCCCAUCUAAUCCAGCACCCUGUUCUCACAGUAGCCAGCCUAUGGGAAUCCCACAAGCAGGAUAUGAGUCCAGCUGUGCUCUCCAGCAGCUGAUAUUCAGAGGCAUGCUGCCCCUGAUAAUGCAGGUAAUUCAGUUGCCAUGGCUAAUAGCCGUUGAUAGAGGUCUUAAAAGGUAAAGGGACCUCUGACCAUUAGGUUCAGUCAUGGCUGACUCUGGGGUUGCGGCGCUCAUCUUGCUUUAUUGGCCGAGGGAGCCGGCGUACAGCUUCCGGGUCAUGUGGCCAGCCUGACUAAGCCGCUUCUGGCGAACCAGAGCAGCACACUGAAACGCCGUUUACCUUCCUGCCGGAGCGGUACCUAUUUAUCUACUUGCACUUUGACGUGCUUUCGAACUGCUAGGUUGGCAGGAGCAAGGACCAAACAACGGGAGCUCACCCUGUCGUGGGGAUUCGAACCACCGACCUUCUGAUCGGCAAGUCCUAGGCUCUGUGGUUUAACCCACAGCGCCACCCGCGAUAGAGGUCUUACUUGUCAUUAAUUUGUCUAAACCUCUUCAAAAGCCAUUGAAGUUGGUGGCCAUUGCUACAUUUUGUGGUAGUGAAGCACACUAUGAGAUAUGUAAAAAAAUACUUCCUUUUGUUUGUCCUGCUGAAUCUUCCUACAUUCAGUUUCAUUGGAUGACUUUAGGUUCUGAUAUUAUGGGGUGGGGGACUUCUCUCUAUCCACUUUCUUCACGUAAUGCAUAAUUUUAUACAUCUCUAUCAUGUCCCCCAUACCUUUUUAAAACUGAACAGCCUCAAAAAAUGUAACUUUUCCUUAUAGGAGAGUUUUUCCAGCCUCAUGAUAGUUUUGGUUGCCCAAAGCUUUUCCAGCACUGGAAUAUACCUUUUGAAGUGCACCAAGCAGAACUGUACAUAAUAUUCAGAGUGUGGUCACACUUGUAUCACAGCACUACAUAUAAUAUUUAUGAUUUUAUUUUCAAUCCCUUUCCUAAUGAUCCCCGACAUGGAAUGUGCCCUUUUCACAGCUACUGAACACUGAGGUGACAUUUUCAUUGCGCUGUUCAUCAUCACUCUGAAGAUCUCUUUCCUGGUCAGUUACCAGUCACCACCAAUUCAGUUUCCAUAAAUAUGUAAAGUAAGGAUUUUUGUCCCAGUGUGCGUCACUUAAACUACUUUACUUUGAAUUGCUAUGGUAAUAUUUAUUUAGUUACUAUUUUAUUUAUUACAUUUAUAUACCACCUUUUUCUUCCAGGGAGCUCAAACUGGUGAACAUGGCUCUCCUCCCCAUUUCAUCCUCACAACAACCCUGUGAGGUAGGUUAGGCUGAGAGUCAGUGACUGGCCCAAGGUUACCCAGUGAGCUUCAUGGCUGAGUAGGGAUUUUAACCCUGCUAUCCCAGGUCAUAGCCCUACACUUUAACUACAAUACCAUUCACAGAAUUUGGAGAGAUUAUUUUGGAGCUCCUUAUAAUCCAUUUUUGCUCUUACUACUCUGAACAUUUGGGUGUCAUCAGCAAAUGGGGCCACCUCACUGCUAGCCUCUAACUGCAGUUCAUUUAUGAAUAAGUUGAAAAGCAUCAGUCCCAGUAUAACUUUUUGGGGACCCUACUUUAUACAUCCCUUCAAUGAUAGAACUAUCCAUUUAUUCCUGCUCUCCAUGUCAUGUUCCUACUGAUCCAAACAGGUCUUACAGUCUGCUUAUAGCUAAGCUUACUUGGUGAGGGACUUUAACAAAAGGUUAACAGCUUUGUGUGUUGUUUUUGUUUUACAAUCAAGCAAUAUAUAAUUUUUAUGAAAUUACAUAAAUAAAGACAUAAAUAAUCUCUAUCCAUAUGCUUAUUGACAUUUUUAAAGAACUCUAAAAUGUUGGUUAGAGGGAACUUACAUUUAUGAAAGCCAUGCUGGUUCUUCUUGGGCAACAUUUGUUUUUUAUAUGCUUCUAUCUUUAAUAAUAUUUUCUACCAGUUUUUCUGGAAAAAACGUUAGCCUAACCAGUCUGUAAUUUCCCUGGUCCUCUCUGGAUUCCUUUUUUUAAAAUUGGGGUUACAUUGCCCAUUUCUCAGGGUUGCCAUAUGUCCUCUUUUUCCAGGAUAUGCCCUCUUUUUUAUGAGUAGAGUUGUCAUAGUGAGCCAUAGUUAAAAGUAGAAGUUGGCAAAUGUGUUCUUUUUUUGCUCUUCAAAAUGUGGCAACCCUACAUUUGCUAUAUUUUACAGCAAAGAUAUCCAGAGAGAAGAACUUUUAUCAGUUAGGAAAAACAGAGCAGUACGGUGAACACCAGAGGCUACUGAACCUUAUAUUAUCUUAUUCACCAGUUAGCACAAAAAGUCCUGCUCUAAAAUGAAGCUUCAUUUGAGUUUUUAACUGUUUGUAUCACAUUCUAACCUCUUAUUUUCUCCUCAGUUAUCUGGACAUGCCUGUGGUUUGUUGGGUUCUGCUUCCUAGCCAAUCAGUGGAUCAGAUCGACAAGCCACUACCUGUUGGGAACUGGUGCUGCCCGAACCAGCAUCACCUUUGCCGUCCUCUCCGUUCCAUGCUGGGUGAGUCAGUCAAGUACUCCCCUUUUAUUUCAGAGUAACGAGAAAGCCUGCUGAGUCAGCCACAUAAGAGGGGUCCCUCCCUGCAGAGUGUCAAUAGAAAAGACAAACCCAUCUUAUCAAAGCCAAAGUUGAUCCCUUCCAAGAAGCAGGUGGUACAUACCCUAGUUAUUUAAGGAGAAGAGGGUGAUGCCAUAAGGGGCACUAUUUUUCCUUCUAUAUAGUGAAUGUUUUUUUUCUUCCUGAAAUGUCGUAUGAUAAGCCUAAUUCUCUUUAGCAUGUACACACAAUUUUUUAAAUCAGAGUGUGUUUGAUUAUGAAUCAAGAAACAGGCAGUGAAGCUACAUUUUAGCUGGCAUGAAGUGGCAUAUAACAAGACAUACAAGUCCUUUCUGGGGAGGAAAGGUAGGUGGCUAGUCAAAGUUCAGUUAAUAAUGAGAAAGUGAGCUCAGGGCAGAGUCAGGCCUAGGCCAGGCCAGUUGUCUUUUGCUAAUUGCAGCCUCCAGUUGUGGGUCCUUGGCAGCGGAAGUGCUUCUCUGAGACAGGUGUGUCUGUCGUCCAAAGGUGUUCUCUGCAGUGGUUGCUGGUGUGUUUGGCAUAAGGUAAAGGUGAAGGGGACCCCUGACCAUUAGGUCUAGUCGUGGCCAGCUCGGGUUGUGGCGCUCAUCUCACUUUAUUGGCCAAGGGAGCUGGUGUACAGCUUCCGGGUCAUGUGGCCAGCAUGACUAAGCUGCUUCUGGCGAACCAGAGCAGCGCACGGAAACACAGUUUACCUUCCCACCGGAGAGGUACCUAUUUAUCUACUACUUGCACUUUGACGUGGUUUUGAACUGCUAGGUUGGCAGGAGCAGGGACCGAGCAAUGGGAGCUCAUCCCAUCACGGGGAUUCGAACAGCUGACCUGAUCAGCAAACCCUAGGCUCUGUGGUUUAACCCACAGUGCCACCCGCGUCCCUUAGUGUUUGGCAUAUGGCAUAUGGCAUUUGACAUAUGGCAGUGUAAAAUGUGUGAGAAUGUUGUACAUAGUACUUCCUGGAGUGCAAGGCCUAAUCCCUUUAAGCAUAUACAGGUAUACUAAAGCUGCAUUAAUGCAAACUAGUGCUGUAUUACUGCUUAAAUGCACUCAGUUUAGAGUUUGUGCAUUAGAAUGGCUGCCAAAUUGAUUUAUGGUGGCAGAAGAACAUUUCAAAUCAUUCCCAGGAAAUGAGAGAAAAAAGAGUGUUGGUCUAAUGUCAGCUUUUGGUAACAUUGACAUUUUUAGAACCAUACAGUAGGCAAUUCAGAUUAGCAGAUUAUUGACUGGACUAGCAAAUGGAAGAAACAAGACAAAUAGAUUGUUAGCAAAGUUAAUCCAAGAAAAAAAUCUUGAAGCAAAAAAAAUUAGGAUUAUGCAGGUCAGAAAGUUCCAAGUUUCUGCCACUGGCCGCCAAGGCAAUGUAAAGAAGCUAAUCUUUCCUGACAUUUCCUCCUUCAGAAUCAUAUGGUUAGAGAUGGAGUACUUAAUUACAAGUGUUGCUAAUAGAAACCCACUGCUGUAUAUGGCUAGAGUAGCUGGUGAAUUAUAGCCACAGCAGCAGUAGCACCAUUUUCUUUUAACUCUUAGUUGAUAGCAAGAUUUACUGUUUCAAUCCAGCUUUGGGGUUAAAUGCACCAUAAGUUGGCCAUAAAAUUAAAAUGCCUUGGAAUAGCAUUAAGCAUGGCACCACUUGCAAGUAAAAAAUAAAUAAAUAAAACCUUCAUUGAAAACCUUCAUUUUUCAAAUAAGUAAUAUAGUUUUAAAAAAUCAGGAUCAAGAAUGAACUUCAGUGUACAGUGCCUGGUAAUGUAUGUUUAUGAGCAAAUAAUACCUACAAGAAAGGAGUGUGUGUGGUCUAUUUGACCCCACAGUUGUUGGUUUUUUAAAUGUUCCAUUAGCGUACAGUUAUGUUAGUAUAAUACAAUACUGCAAUAAUGAGUUGUUAAUUAUCUGCAACAACAAAUUUUGCAGAAGGUGCAACUGUAGCUCACACAACCUAUAUAUUUACCACAUUUUACAACUGCAUGGUCUAGAUAAAAUCAUGAAGCACAUGAUUUCUGCAAUUUUCUGUCAUUACUUCAGUCACAGAGGUGGCAUCUGCCCCUUUUGUGGGUGUCAGCCAUAGCAAACCAUAUCAGAUCUGAAGCUGCCUUUCUUUGAAUAGUCCCAGGCAAGCUGGCUAUGUUUCUUGAUUCAAUCACGGUUUGUUAAACUCCAGGCCCAAGUCUACUACAAAGCUACAUCUUUCAUCCCAUCCACUGCAUUGUUGGUUGUUCAAUUGCUAAAGAAUGCAGGCAUUUAAAUGGGCAUUAUCUUCUGUAUUUGAAGGGAACACUAUUGGCCACAAUUUGAUUAUGAUUUUUAAUGUUAAAUGCAGCCCAUCUGGUUAUACCAAGACUUGUCUUAGGAUUUGAUUUGUUGUCUGAGAUAGCUGUAUCUAUGGAUUUAAGAAAGGUGGAUCACUGUCAUUACUUUACUUGGCAGAUAACUUACAAAUGUCAAAUCUUUUGGAAAACCAAAAAUGCUGCUGUUGAUAUUUCUUGAUUUAUGGACAAGGAAUAGAACCCUGCAUAAGUAGGGAUUCCCCUGUAUGUGUGAAGGGAUAUGCAAUGGGCCACACACAUCACCUUAUAUAAUCUCAAGCACACAAAUGUGUCUCAGUGCAUGGGAGAAAACUUGGUUUGCAACUUUUCUGCAGAAUGCAGUUUUCACAAUUAACAGUGUUGUAUGAGUAAGGUGCUACCUUAAUGCCAUUUGCCGGUUCCUUGCUCUGAAGUAUGUGUGUGCUUGUCAAAGAAGAAGAAUUAUUGUAAUAGACACUUAUUGACUCACAAUUGCAUUCAUGAAAGGGUUAACCUGAGCUCAAGUUGCCAGUAUGGGUUGAGCUUAGCCCCAUUCCUUUCCUCAACUUUCUCUUUCUGCUUUCUGGAACAAGCAAGAAGCUAUGUGACCCAUGGUUCCCAGUUGCAAGAAAAACCAAGUGAACAGAAUCUCUCUAAAAAUGGAUUUAUAAAGCCUGCAUCUUUCAAAUAUACCGGUAACCAAGUUUUAAUGUGCUUUGAGCAAUUGCCAUUGUAUUCACUCUGCUACAAAACAGUAUGGAUGUCUCUUCCAAAUCUCUAUCUCUUAACAGAAACCCUCUGCCCCAUCCAAUGUUCAUCAUUAUCUGAGAAUGGGCCAUCUGAAUGGACCCACUACCCUUACAGGGGGAAAUUGCUGCUACCAGUCCAGCUUCACCAAAUAAUGGUUCAACCAUGGCAAGGGAGUGCACUGCACCCCCUCCUACCUUCAGACCAUCCCUCAAAUCACAUGGGGGAAAGACAACAUCAAGGGUGCGUCCUGUCCAGUAUGUUGGACCAAUGGUCAUUUGAAACAGCCCCAUGGUUGAGGCCACGAAGUCCCAUGCCAGCUCAACAGUAGCCUUUGCUUGGAUGUUGAAGUCACUGAGAAGUAUUCUCUAGGGGUCCUCCAAAAACGUGGAUCUAGAAAACUUGGUAUUUGUGGCCCUAGAAGUUUAGGAGAAAUAUCAUAGGCAACUAAUCCUUCCAAAAGAAUUAUAGCAAGUAUACCUGCAUCAUAAAAUUAUGAUGCAGGUAGAACAGUUUGGGUCACUUUGAUUAGGAAACAGUUCCUUGCUGCUGGUAUCUGAAGUUGUUGGUUCAUAAUUAAGGGCAGCCCAUACUCUAAGCCUAAUAUAGUUUACAUAGGGGGUGCCUAGUAUUUAAAGCACAUAAAGAGAAAAGAAGGCUCUUGCCUUUAGUCCUGAGGACUCAAUACAUUUCUACCAAUUUUAGUAGUGAAGAAAACUGCCUCAGGACCGAGCUCUUUGGUGCAUGUUUAUUCCUUCAUUCCUUGUGGAACUGAGUGACUCACACUUCCCAUCAACAAGCUGUAGAAUUAAUCAGGAGGAGCCUUCAUAUAUAAGCAGUUGCAGCAGGCCUUCAUUUACAAUCUGGCACAGAAUGAGCCCAAGCAAUUCAAGACCCAGUCCAGCCUGCGGCUGGAGUUUGUUAGAUCCGGAAGGUUGAGCAGCUAACAAAGAUUUUAACUCCAGCAGGGACCAUUGGUAAUGUCUAACCUGACCCCCUGUCAAGCAUAGGGCAAUUGAAUUCCCUCUGCUAACUGUAGCAACCCACUAAGUAGAAUUUGCAGCAAGCACACCUUUGACCAAAGUCGUAUUUUACAACUGCAAUGAGAAACUGGAGGAUUUGCAGUCAGGUUUUUUUUAUCAAUAAUGAGGAGAGGUGAUCACAAUACCAGUAGAUUUAAGGACAGUUACCAAAACACUGAAAACAGAGUACCCCAUUUUGAAUCUUUUUACAGUGGAAAUAUAAAAUUUCAUUUUAAAAUAUUAUUUGUUUUCCAAGAAAAAUCAAACUUGCAUAUUUUUAUAAGAUUUUAUUAACUUUUUAUUGAGUUAUAUUGCAAAUACAUACAAAUCAAAACUUUUAAACGUGAAAAGAAAAAAGGUUUUAAAAGGUUGCAAAGAACAAAAGAAGAAAAGCAGAAAUUUAAAUAAAUUACAUAAACUAAUACAAUUAAAUCUUAAUGAAGAUAAGAAAAAAAUCAUAGAUAGAACGUUAAUUCAUUCAUUAUUAAACUAAGACUUUGCAAACCAAAUGCAUACACUUUAAACAGUUACCUCUUACAUAUCGUCUGUUUUCCUAAGAAGCUAACACUUCUUAGGUAUUUCAUUUUUCAUAUUCUUUUGUUCUUUGGACAUCCGUCAGUCUCGCAACAGUUCAUUAUUCCUAAUUAAAACCAACUUAUCUGUAUUUCAGUACAUCCCUCAUCUUGGUAUCAGGGAGCUUUUUACCUUUGCAGGGUUAUUCUAGACACAACCAGAUCUUCACUGCUGAACCUUGACUCAUCAGAUACUUAUUUAGGUACUCCCAUUCUUUCUUAACUGUGUUAUUUGACUUGUCUCUUAUUAUAUCGUUCAGCUUUGCGAGUUCCAAGUGCUUGCUCAGCUUACACAACCAUUCCUCUUUGAUGGGUAUGGGUUCCUCCUUCCAAUAUUUAGCCACCAAUACUCUUGCUGCUGAUGUAGCAUAGAGAAAUAGUCUUAUUUUAUCUUUAGGGAAAUUGUUUGUCAAAAUUCCCAGAAGAAAUGCUUCGGGGUUUUUUGCAAAAGAUUUUAUUAAUACUUACUGUAAUACACUACAUUAAAAAACAAGCCUAAAGAAACAGAAGAAUGCAAAGUCCUCUCUCACAGGUAGAUCUUAACUCUUGUUCAACACAGAAAGAGGUAAACCCUCCCAGCUCUCACCUGGUUUCCCUCUCUUUUCCCAGCCUUCCACCCUGGGAGAUCUUCCCUUCCCUGCCUUUCACACAGGGUCUUCACCAACAAUCCAUCACCGUCAUCUGCUUGCAAUCCCCUCCUUAACCCAGAGUAGACAACAAAAAGCAAACGCACAAAAGCAAAGCAAAUAAUUGGGUUGCCAUAUUCUGAAGAGUAAAAAAGAGGACACAUUUGCCAACUUCUACUUUUAACUAUGGAUCGCUAUGAUGACACUCACUUUACAUGAAAAAGAGGACAUAUGAAAACCCUAAGAAAAGGUAACAAAAAGAUAAAAGUAAUAAAAGAAUGAGAAAAUAGUAAAGGAAUAAAAUAUAAAGAAAUUCAGCUGUCAGUUGUAUGUAUAAGAGUCAUUCAAAGUACUCAAAAUGUUUACUCCAGGCUGGUAUCUAACUGUUCCUCCUUCUACUAGGCGAUGUUUUCACAGUCUUUGGGCAUCUGGAAUGCAUUGAUUUCUUCUUCCACACGAAAUGUCUAAAAGAGGUUCUCUAAUUACUAUUACAGAUAAAAGUCAACAAUAAGUCUUCCUCCAGUCCAACGUAACUUUACCUCCAAUACUGAAAAACAAUAAAUCGUCGAUCUUUAUUCCCUCAAGAAUCUUUUCGCUGUGGCCAUAUAUUGAGACAAUGAUUCAUAGUUAUUUACUUCUAUUUUAUUUUCAGCCCUCUAGUGCUGCCUCUUCUUAAGCCAGCAGUAGGGUCUUAUUUCAGAUGUGCCUUUUAACCAUUUAACCAGCAAGCAGAAAACUUGUCAUAACUUAUUGGUGUUUCAGAAGUAAUUGAAGGAAGGGAGGUUUGCCCUUGGGACUGAUCCCUAAGGUUAUUAAGUGGUGUUUGGGCAAGAUUUUGAUUCUUCCACUCCCUGGUCACUUACCUGUCCAGGUUCCUUGGUCCCAUGACGAGACAGCAGCCCUUCCAUAGCAUUGGAAAUUAAUCAGUUAUCUCUGUUCCCCCAAUGGCUUUCAUUAAUCACCAUCUAAUUAUCACUGUUGAUGGAGUUUUGACAGGAGACGUCUAAUCAGCCAUGAUUCUGCUCCAGAAGUCCCAGUCCUUCCCCCAAAAUUCUAAUACUGUAUGCUUAUUGAGAAGCAAAAUAGUACAGCUGUUCUCUUGCUUACCUAACACAGACACUGUACUAGAAUACCAUUUUGUAUUCUGAUAUUUGCCCCCUCAACUGUUUACUUCCUCAAGGCUCACCCACACAUCCCUUCCAAGCUUCCUUCAUCUCCCAAAACCCGCUUGCCAGUUCCCUGAGAAUAUAAGCAGCACUCUGCUGGAUCAGACAAAUGACUUUUCUAACCCAGUAUCCCAUUUCCUGCAGUGGUCAACAAUAUGAAUUUCUGUAAUCUCAUUUUAAAGACAUUAAUUUAGAAGCCAUCACAUCUUGUGGUAACAAAUUCCAGAGUUUAUGCACUGUAUGAACUUUGCUCUAUCCUGAACAAUUCAGCUUAAUCAGGUGACCUCAGAUACUAAUAUAAAAAUGAUUUAAAACUUAUCUCAAACAACUUUCUUCACACCAUUUUAUACACUUCUCUCAUGCCUUCUCUUGCACUUUUCCAACUCUACAAUACACUUUUUAUGUUACGGAUUUUGUAUGUGAUGCCAAUAAAAGGUUUGAUGAUGGAUAUACUUUUUGAGAUGCAAUGACCAGAAAUGCACACAAUAUUCAAGUGUAGCAUUAAAAUAUUAGUAGGGAGGUGUUUUAUCCCUUUCCUAAUGAUUCCUAGCAUGUCCCACCUUUUCCCUAGCUGGAAUAUUUUGUAGAUUUCUAGUUACCACAUCUUAAAAAGGAUAUUGUAAAGCUAGAAAAGGGGGAAUGAUUAGGGGGUCCUAAAGUUGCAGCAACUCCCUCAGGAAUAAAGGUUACCUUUUUAGGGCUGUUUGGUUCAGAAAAAGGGUUGUUUUGAGCUAUCAUCAUGACCCCAAUAUGUCUUUCCUGGUAAGUCAUUGCCAGUUUAUAUUCAGUUUUUUUGCUUGAAUGUGAAUCACUUUAUAGCUGCUUGCAUUGAACUGUGCUUGCCAUUCUGAUGCCGUCACCAGGUGUGGAGAAUGCCUUUUGGAUCUCUGUUUUUAUCAUUCUGAGUAAUUUGGUGUCAUCCACAAACUUGACUACUUUGCUGUUCACCCCUAUCUCCAGGUUAUUUAUACACAAGUUAAAAAGUACUGGUCUCAAUACUGGGGGCUUUCUACAUCUCUCUGUGAGACCUGUCCAUUUAUUCCUAUCCUAUUUCCUGUUCCUUAACUAGUUACUAAUUCAUAACUGAACAAGUCCCCUGAUUGCUAAGUUUACUCUGGAGCUUUCAGUGAAGAACUUCUUAAAACCUGAAAAUCCAAGUAUACAAUGAGCACUGGAAUCCCCAUAAAUAUUUUCUUGUUGGCACAAAGAACUCCAAAAGAUCAGUGAGAUAGGACUUACCUUUGCAGAAAUCAUGUUGACUCUUCAACGUGUUAUUCAAUAUGCUUGAUAAUUUUAUCUUUAAUAAUGCUUUCCAGCAAUUUCCCCAAAACAUAUUAACCGUUUAAUUUCCCAGAUUCCCUCUCCCCCACACCCUGACGCCUUUUUAAAAUUAAAAAAAUGGUGUUAAAACAGCGAAUUUCCAAUCCUCCAGUAUGGAAGCCAAUCUUAAGGACCAGUUACAAAAUCAGUACUUCUACAUUUGAUUUUUAAAGAUAUUUUAGAUGGAUAGAAUUUCUUCUGACAAGCCAGAUACAAAAAAUUCAUUCACCGGCUGCUUAUCCUCCUGAAGCUUACCUCCAACUCCCACCAUCCUGAGGUUCAGCUGCCUCCGUACUUGGUUUCCUGCUUCUGAUGUAUGUAAAGCAUUUGCUAUUGUUGGGAUCAAUAUUCGGUCAUGUUCGUCAAAUUAUUUUCCCCACCCCAUCCCUUAUUGUCUACUUGCAUUUCUUUUGUCAGUUUGUCUUUCUUUUCACUCUCCACAAUUUGGCAACACUUUCAUCUUCAGAAGGAAGCUUUCCUGUGGCUAAUGGCUUUCAUGAUUCUGUUUGUUAACCACACUACCAUCUUCUUGAAGUUAUUGGUAUUUUUGUAGUAUAUGCAUUUGAGCCAAGCUUUUAUUGUUGAAGAUUUGUAUAAACUCCCAAGUGCUUUGGAGAGGUCAAACUUUCUUGACUUUUGCUUCAACUUCCUUUUUACCUUCCUUUUAAAGACAUUUCUUCUUUGAAGUCAAAUAUUACUUUUGCUGGACAUUUCUGGCAAUUUUCUUUUUGCAUACAUGUUGAAUUUGAUAGUGCUGCAGUCAAUGUUCCCAACUGGUUGAACACUUAAUAUCUUGCACCAUAUUGUCCUCACAAAUUACUGUCUAAAGGCAAAUACAUUUCAAGUCCAUGACUGUGCUGUGGUUUUAAUCCACAUCUUCUGGAGCUAACCUUUGCCCUUCACUUGCUCUUUAAAUAGUUUGUGCCAUUUUCACAGUUGCAUACAAGUGCCUGAUCCACCACCUAUUCUCUCCUACAGGUGUACCUGGCCUAUGUGGCUCUGAAAAACCUGCAGGCUGAGCCACCUGUUCCUUACAAGCGGACCUUGGAUGAAGGAUCUGUUGCAUUGACCACCCUUUCAUCUUCCACUAGCACUUCCCUUCCAAACAAUAUGGGUUACCCUGAAAAUGUGGGUGUAGCCACCUACCCAUCCACUCCUGUACCCCACCGGCUGACAUUAAUGAAUACUGAUGACUAGGCAAUUAUUAAUUUCACAGUAAAUAAAAAGGGGAUAGAAAGAGAACUUAUUGCCAAACAUGAACAUUUAUUUCAUAUGUGUAAAUCUGUUUCCGCUAAAGUUGAGCACCAUGAAAAAUAGGGAGACCAACCACCUCCUAAGCACAAUAAGAACAUGGGGCCACAGCUUCACAAAAGAAAUGGGUGCUCACCCACUCACCAUUCCCAUUGUCUAGGCUUGCCCAGCUUCUGCAGCACUAGCUGCUAAUUUUAGCCCUUUAAAGCCAGGAUUAACUGUAAGAAUAGUUCCACACUGCUGUUUCUAUAUGAACUGCACUACUAUGGCAGCUGUGCACAUGUGUUGUUUUCCAGUCAUAAAAAACCAAAGAUAUUACAACUAGGGAAGAGAACAAAAAAUGGAGACAAUCUGCAUGUGCAACUGCCACACAUUUUUUUCUCAACUGGAUAUAACAAAAUGCAGCUAUUCUGGCUGCCAGUCCCAGCUUUAAGAAAUCAAGGAAAUAAUGAAAGCACUGGAGUGACAUUUGCCCUCUGCCACCCAGCUGGUGUGCAGCACUUCAGAUACAGUCCUUUCCCCAUUGUACUGGUUCAACGCUACUUGUUUAAGCCUUGUGAAUGUUAAUAUAUGGACUUGUGUGAACAAUUUUAAGCCUGAACCAGGCUUUAGACAGAUACAUCCUGAAGCUGUCAUCUCCAUAGCCAUUGUUGCACUUUUGCUAGCUACUGUAAUCAAAUAGAUGCUAGCCACUGAAGGCUGUAUCAGUAUAGAACCUAAUCCAGUAAAGUUUCUCUGUGAUUCUGUGAAAGAUAUAAAUGAUUAGCUUAUAUGUGUAUGCUGCCACAGACUCAAAUUUACCUAGUAACGACUACUGAAUGUUUCAAGUAGCUACUAGCUUUCUGUAGCAAGCAACAGCUCCUUAAAUAUCACAAAUAUCUGGAAAACAACUGGCUAUUUAUGAUAACCAAAACAGAAACCUAAUGACUGCUACUGGAUAAUCAUAUUAAAGGUAUAGAACUUAAAACAUUACUAGUCAUUGCCCUAUGACUAGUCACUCAAACUAUGGCAACUCUUAGGCUUUACUUCUAUUUGAAAUAGUUUUCUGCCUUUGAUGCUGAAAGAAGUUUAAGGGGAAAUGCCAUCUUACUCCUGCGAAUGUCUGCUCAGAAAUAAUUCCAACUGAGUUCAAUAAGACUUACUUCCAGUAAAGUAUGCAUAGGAUUGCAGCAUGAAUGCAAUUUUUCAUAUAUCUCAAGUCAAGAAGAGAAAUCAUCCAUAUGUAAAAAUCCAUCUGCAUGUGGGUGCAUGUCCUCAUCUGCAGAGAUAGAAGAGCUCCCUCCAAGCAACAUGCAUGACAUGUUCGCAUAGCAUUUCCAAUAAAGUAGAAAACUUCUCAUACCAUUACUUGCAAGCCAGUAAUUCUAAUCAUUUUCCAACCUGUUUUCAUACAUGAGAUUUAUAGCAUUUUUGCUUAAGACGCUAAUCUUUACAUAUUAAUACAUGGGAGUAAGCCCCACUGGACUUGGCAAGAUUUACUUUUGCAUCAGCACACUGUAAAUCGGUCUACAAGGCAAACUGAGAGCUUAAAUUGAUUAGAACAUGCUUUCAAUUUAUCUUCCAUAUUCCAUCUCACAUUAACAUUUACAUCUGGCCAGAAUAGCACUAGAGAGGCUCAAAGGCCCCUUUUAGUGUCAUGUGGAGACACAUGACAUUUUGAUUGGCUAAGAUAAAAAGUAAUUUUGCUGAGACAGCAGUGUCUUUGAGAACCAGAGAAAAGUGGCAACUACAGAAAAUGUGUUUUAUCAUAACAAAUAUUAAGGCUACAAUUGUAUGCCUGCUAACUUAGAAAGCCCCACUAAACUCAGUAGGUUAUAUCCAACUAAACUUUAUUCAGAGUAGGCACACUGAAAUUAACUGAUCAAAGUUAGUCAUUUCCAUUAAUUUCAAUGAAUCUAUUCUGGUAAAACUUAGUUUGAUAUAAGCCAAUGAAUAGAGAGAGCUUCAAGAGAUGGGGGAAAGCAGCCUCUGUUUUAACAGAAAGCAGCAAUACUGUACAGGAGAAUAGUAUGGGAAAUGAGGAUGAAUGUACAGGAAUGGGAAACACAAAGAUUUCAAUACAAACAGGCAACAAAACAGAUUUCUUUUUAUUUAAAUUCCCAUCCCUCCCACAAAGGCACUAAUUAAUUGGGAUGAUGGUUGCUUGUUUUAUUUAAAGUAGAUGAGGAAUUAACCAUCAAAUAAUAUUCAAAAUGAAGCAAGUGUAAGAAUGUAUUAGGGUGGUCUUUUCUUGCCAGCAAUAUUUUUUAAAAAUAGAGAAAAAUAAUCAGUAUCUAAAGAAAAUAGAUUAAAUUUGUAAGUGCUCCUGUUUAUCUGGAUAGACCCACGGCACUCAGAUUUCUUCAUAGCUGUGGUCAACCCAAAGCCCAAAACAUGAGCACAAUGUGAGAGGAGGGAGAUGUCCAGUUGUUGUUGUUGUUGUUGUAGUUGUUGUUUUAAAAAUAUUUCCUAGCUGUGGCAGUUCAUUAUCAAAAUAGAGUCAGGAGUAUAGAAAGUGAGGUCAAUGAUAAAAAGGGCCCUUGAGAAACCUACCACCUAUAUAUCACCAGCAGUAGUCAUUAUAAGCUUGGAGUCCAAGCUGUUGCCCACCUCACCCCUUCUAUAUCAGUCUCUUGAGCAGAAGGACAAUCCAUUGUUUUGACCCGAAUCACACUCAGGUAAAAGUUCAGGGUGCAAGAAGAGAUCAACAGGUGACUUAACUUCGUUGGUAAGAAUAAAAAAAAGAAAAAACCCCAGAAACUUUGUUUUUAACUUCCUGUGAAGGAUUCCCCUCAUCCUUCUCGGCCAAAGUAUCUUUGUCAUGGGCUCAGUGUGAACUAUGCCGGCAAACUCAACUUCUUGCCUUUUAGAACUGAAGAAAAAAAAGAGAAAAAAUAAUGUAUGAGAAUUUUGUCUUGCUAUAGCUGUAGAGCUGUUGAAAGUACAAAAAUAUAACAACCUCUGGUAAGGGAAAAAUACAUUUUCAGCAACCUCUGAAAAAAAAAGGUGCAUCAACCAGAAAUAGUAAUUAUAGCCUUGAAAUUAAAGUAGCACUAUAAAAUGCAUGGUCACAUCUGAAAAUUCUGCUCAUUAUAUACAUAUAAUAAAAAUGCAAGUGUCGUCAUGCUGCAGUUUGCUUGAACACAGAGCACCGCAAACUACAGUGUGACGAGAGGUGGUAGAUGGGAGGCUAAAAUUAGCCAGACGUAGAGUCAGAAAGUCUGCAGCCCCCAUCCAAUCAAUUGCCCUGCUCCACUGUCUGUUGUAGUAAUGCAAUUUGUAAUACAAUAAAACACAACGUAAGAAGAAGCAAUAAUAAUACAAUCAAAACCAAUUUACGUAAUGUGAUGGAUAUACAAUCUCCUGUCUUCAGCCAAAAAUCCAUGGAGACGCUGCAGAUCAGAGGGAGGUAGCAGGCUGGGAACCCGUGAGAUUUGCAGAAGCAGGAAAAAAAUAUUUCAGGAAGGGAAUCCAUAACAGCCCUAAGCAUGUGCUCAAUGACCACAAUAUGAUGUACAUGAAGGGAACAGGACCACUCCACACUGCAAUAUUUGGUGUGCAAAUGUGUGUACACAUACACUCAGCCCAAAUAUACCCUAUCAUUAUCUUUAAAAAGCAACAAAUGCCUAAGUUUUCAACAUCCUACAAGAGAUAUUCCAAGUCAUUUUAGUUCUUGAGACAGAAAACCCAACAGGCACACAUAAGUAAAAAUACCACAGUAAACUAAAUAACUGACAACCAGAUGCCUGGUAGGUCAAUUCACUUGGCAGAGCUGGACCAGAUGUGCUCACAGUACUGUAUAUGGAUAAGUUCCUAGCAUUUAUACUUCUUCAUGUGGGAAAUAUUUAUCUGUAUCAUCUCUUCCCAGUCACAAGGAGAAAGAACUAAGAAGCUAAUUAAUUUGUUGCCUAUUUACAAUAAGUAUAGUGUCAAUAAGUCUUUCCAAGCUACAGAGGUGGAGGCCUGAUACUAGCUGUACAGCACCCUCUAGUGAUAUUUUAGACAGCAGCACUGCUCAUUCAAGAUAAAAUAUGUGUCUUCUUGAGAUAGACUCCCAACUCACUGUGUUAAUUCCACUCCACUCUAGAAGCCUUGAAUCCUAGCCUCCCAUUUUAUCGUAUAUACACAUGAUCACAUAAAGAAAUUAGUUUCCACCCAUUAUUUCCAAAAUACCUUUUGUAAUGUAGAGGUAGAAGAAAUCGCAGUAGAGUAUGGUUUGCACCAAGCCAGCCACAAUGGCAAUGAGGUCGAAGAAGCCCUCAAACUGGUAACGCCAAAUCCAGUUGAACAAGUAGAGGGCACGGUAGACACCCAAGGCGAAGAGAUAGUGACUUGUGAUGGUCUCGGCCUCACCUGUCUUACUGACCAUGAAGAGCUGUGGCAAGAUAGCCACCGACUCCAGAUAGAUGGAGAAAGUCCAGAGAAUCUGGAGGCAUCCAAGAAAGAUACAAUAUGAUUGUAAUUUACAUAUUACUGACAAUGAAGCACAGCUCUGGGCCAGUCCAUAAUAACCUCAAAGUUGUGCUGCCAUCUCAACAUUAGCUUGAGGAUUUUAAGAAGGGAAAAUUGAGAAUUCUAGAUGCUGAGAAGUGAAUUAUUUGGACUUUCUACUAUUAAACAGCAAGAUUCAGGACAGAAAUUAAGGGUAUAUCUGCCCCAACUCAUUUUUACAUCAUUAGCCACUGGAAAUACUGCAACGAGUAGAUGCAGCCUGCAUUAGAUUGCCCGGAACUAGCAUUUGCUUUGGGUGUUGUGUGCAAAACCUUGUACCUCACUCAAGAGAUACAAACCACUCCCUAAUUCAGAAAUAGAGACCAGAUGUCAUUGGACUCCAACUCCCAUCAGUCCCAGCCAUCAUGGCCAAUGGUCAGGAAUGAUGGGAACUGUAAUCCAUCAACAUUUGGAGGACAAAUAUUCUAGUCCUAGCCAUUCUGUCCCUCUGCCCUUCCAAUUAUAGGAAAUGUUUUCCUUUUUUUAACAAACUGCAUUUCUUUUUUGGCAGAGCAGCAUAUAGUCUCAGCUACAUCACAAUCCCAUUUGAAUGCCAUCCACCCCUCACUGGAACAAAUUUUGAAUAAUGAACUUCAGGUUUAUUUGUCUGUGCCUAAGCACACAAGUGCAGUUUGUUGCUUUAGAAAACAAAACUAAGCCCAAUCCUAUAAUCCUAAAAAGAGAAAACAAAUAUAUAGAUAAUUAGUACAGAGGCAAAAUAAGACAAAGUGUAAGAAGUCAAUGCCAGCACAUAACCCAUGACAUAGGUGCCCCUUGGCCAGAACACUUAAUGAUGCCAGAAGUUGGUGUCCCUGACUGCUCCCUGGGUAGCUUUGCUCCAGGAAACACUGCACUUUCCCCCACUGCUCAGUUGGUCACCCAAGAAGUGGGGGAUAGACUAGAUUAAAAUUAAAAAUUGUUGAGCUUUCCUUUUUUUAGGAAACCUCACCCAAAAACAGUGAUUUUGGUGCUGUUUCUGCAGCUUUCCCCAUCACAUUGUCAUACAUCCAAUUCAGCAAAAUUUCCCCCUUACGCCAUUUUACACCCCAAAACCAUGACAUCAGGAAUUUUCAGGACAUAUGGCAAGCCUAGACUAGAGUGAAUUUGGUUACAUAGGGUGAAGGGCUUCAGACGCAGCCAUCCUAAUGGAGAGAAAGCAGCACCGGGAUGGUCACCUCCACAUGCCUUUCUCUGCAUUUUAAACCCCCUGCCUUCCAAACUUCUGACUGAGAGGCUCAAUUACGCUGGGGGGGGGGGUAAAAUGCACAGGGAAGGACACCCCUGCAUACCUUUCAUCUCCAUGGGUUUGUGCAUUUGCGCACACGCAACUGGACACUGCUGUAUGGAUGCGUUACUAUGUGGACAGGCGGGACUGAAUCUUGCUACAUUUGCUGGCAUGUGGCUCCUACCAACCCCUACAUGCGUGGAGCCAAAAAGAUUGCCUUCCCCUGCUUUAUGAGACAGCCGUUUGGGGGCUUGGAUCUUAGUGCAAAACAAGACCAACCUAUACAUUAAAUUACCUCUAGCGGAGUGAAAUCAUGAUUCACUAGGAAAGCUAACACUGCUGUGGGAACGACCAGGAACUCCACUCGGAAGGUGUCAUGGUUGCCAUCAUAGCUGGCUUUGAAUUUGCUAUAGAUCAUCCACACUGUGGCAUAGGAGCAUGCAAUAUAAACUACCUAUAGGAGACAAAAUAGAUCAAGAGGGAUCACUGAGAUCAACUAUCACCCCACCACCCCAAUUCUUAAUGUAAACUAGCCCUCCUAUAGUCUAAUCAUGUUACAGAGAAUCCCUAGGAAACCCGUCUUAAAAAUUAAAUAGUCCCUCUCAUAUUUCUAGAUUCAAAAGCCCUCUUUAGCAUCCAGCCAACCUCCCCCAUGCACCCCAAAUCCCUUAUAACAAUGUAUUUCCACCCUUUUCCUUAAUUCUACUAGCCUCACAUUGAAAAGUGGUACACCAGGCUUGUAGAUCUUCUCAGUACGUUCUGUAACUUACUUUUCAGUACUCUUUUUCAAAGUUUUAGUUCACUGUUUUGCUUUUAACCUUCUGGUAUAAUAAUAUGCUGUCGUUAAGCUUGUCCAGAAAUAUGGGGCAGAAAGACUUCAAAGUCUUAGACUAUAAUUAUUCCGCCUGAUGAAGUGCCCUGCAGAACUCAAAAGUUUGCUUCCUCUUAUAUCAACAUUUUACAACUGCAUCCUGCACACACAUACCUGGAGAUAAGCUUCACUGAGCUCAGCAGGACUUAUUUCUGAGUACAAAGGCCUGCACAUGUCACAGUUGAACAGUGCAACUCUACCUAGUCAGAAGUAAAUUGUAUUGAGUUCAAUGGGGCUUACUCCCAGGUAAGUGGGCACAGAAGUGCAGCCUGCCUUAUCCUAUCUCCUACUACUGUAACCGACUGUGGUGUCAAGGUGUUUCAGGCAGAGUGAGGGGUAGAAGCUGAGAGCAAGGCCUUCUCUCCUACCUAAACAUUUCCCUUUCUCUCUGAUUUAUGCCAGACCCACACUUCAUCCAAGCCUGUUAUGCUCUCCUUCCACCCAGUCCCAUCUAACGCACGGUCGAAGCCAGUACCUUCAUGGAGGUGUUGUACAAGGAGAUGUAGUUGGUGAAGAGGUCUAGGUACCGAGUGGUGAAGACAAUGGCAAAAAGAAUUUGGCUCUUCCCAGAAAUCCCUGCACAGAGAAGCACAGGGCAGUGAAACUCACAGAUAACCACAAGGGUUCUGUGAAAUAACAAACGUUUAAAGUAGCCAUGUUCAUUCACAAUAAUUUUACACACACACACACACUCAAAAACAAUAUAGUAAUCAAUAUAUUUAUUAGGAUCAACUAAAAAAUAAUGAAGAAUUAAACAAACUCUUCAGGAUUUCACCAUCCAGCCUCAGAACCGCUCAAGCCUCAACACAAAAAAUACAGUGGUGCCUCGCAAGACGAAAUUAAUCCGUUCCGCGAGUCUCUUCGUCUUGCGGUUUUUUCGUCUUGCGAAGCACGGCUAUUAGCGGUUUAGUGGCUAUUAACGGCUUAGCGGCUUUAAGAAAAAGGAAACAAACUCGCAAGAACUCGCAAGACGUUUCGUCUUGUGAAGCAAGCCCAUAGGGAAAUUCGUCUUGCGGAACGACUCAAAAAACGGAAAACUCUUUCGUCUUGCGAGGUACCACUGUACAUAGGCAUACCACACAUAGGCACAGAAUAAAAAUAAUCCAAAAGAGCCACAGAGGCAGGAUGGUAGUGUGCUGGGAUGCAUCUCCGACUGGGCCUAAUGCAUGAUAUAAUCCACGGCCUUUCCCAGUUCUGCCCAGCAGGAGGAAGUUUCCUAUUCAGGCCUGAGGAAAUACACACAUGUGCAGGGCCUCUGGCUUCCCUCCACCCAAUCCUUUUACUCUCUACAGACCACCCAGACAACCAGAAAACCAGAUUCUUUUUUUUCAGGAGGAGGAGACCUAAUAAACUUUGCCAGUCUAGUCUGAACUAUAUUCCACGUCAUCAUCCAGCCUCUGUCAAGUUCCAUGCAACCAGCUUCUCCCCACUGAAUUCCACAAAGGAUAAAAUUAAAACUUCCACUUUGAUCCCCCCUCAUUAUAGCUUUCUUCCCCACCCCAAAGGCCAAUUAACCCAUGCCUGGCCAGGAUAACUAUGCUACUUUGGCAAGGGGAGGUAACCUUUCCUAAAAGCAAGCUUCAUAUACUAUGUUUUAGUUACCGGUAUAAAGCAUUGCUAUAAAAGAUGAAUGGUAGAUCUCCUUUUAAAGGACAAGUUGAAUUCAACACAGAUACAUAGAUCCUACACAUAGAAAAAAUUAUUCCACAAUCAGCCACCAGCUUUAACAAAAUCAUUGUUUUUUCCUGUAAGGAAAACUCCCAAACACAUUUAGGAACAUAGGAAGCUGCCUUAUAUGGAGUCAGGGGCAUCGUUCAAGAGAAAGCAAACUCACAACAUUAGUAAAGUACCUUAAUUACUGAAGUUUAUACGAACUCUUAAGAUGAUAUGGAAAUGGAUGUUUAAAUCUACUAUCUGAAAACUUUUAAAAUGAUAAAGGGGGGACAUUUCCAUAUCUUUAAGGUUGCAAAAUUUAUGCACAGUUACCUAAAAGUAAUCCUCACUGAGCAAAGUGGGGCAUGACUUCAAGUAAACAUCCAUAGACUCAAGUGUCUGUAGUUUGAGAAGGAACUAUUUAGCAAAGGAAAGGUUUAACAAAUAAUAACCAGCUAUAUGGUUCUGCAUUCCUUAUGAAAACAGAUUUUGUUGUGCAUGAUGUUUCAACGACAGGCAAGAAAUAACUUUUCUAUUAUCAAAACCCAGUAUCACAUUUUUAAAAAUUACAUUUCAUAAAUCUCCAAGUCAGGAAGAAAACAGAAUUGCAACAGGACUGUCUUUCAGUUCCUGAAAUAGAAACCUGGAAAAAAAUAAAGGGAAAUUGCUUAAUUUUAAUAAACCAAUAGCUAAAAAAUAAAGCUAAGUUGUCACUAUGCAAUCCUGUGGCAGGUUACUCAGAAGUAAGCUCCAGGUGGGCUUACUCCCUGGUAAACGUGCAUACAAUUGCAGCCUUCAAAGGAAAGGAGAGUAAGUAAUUGCAUGAGUAAAUUACAAGCGUAAACUAGUCAAUUACAGGUUGUCUCCCAUUGUUAUGUGAUCACUUUCAGGCCGGGAAUAAAUAACAUUUUACAUUCCCACGUAAGAGAGUGAGCAGCGGAACGCCUUCUUUCUUACCAGCACAUGAUCUUGUCUUCCAGAUCUUCAGCAGCAAGAUGAUUAUAGCUAAUAGAUGAGAGAUGUCUCCUAGGAAGCGGAAUACAUUCAUGGUGUUCCGGGUGUGCGGUGGAGAGAUUUGCUUAGCUUCCUAGCGGGAAAUCUGCGGAAAGAGUAGACAAAUAUAACCUUUGGGAGCAGGAGCAGAUCCCAGGAGGAUGGGGGUGGGUAGUGCGUGAUCGGGAGGAAAAGAAUCUUUUGUUUUUAUUUCUUCUUCCUUUUUGAUCAAAGUAAGCUGGCGCGUGUGGAUGUAAGGAUUCCUGGGAAAGAAGGCCACAAAAGGGGGCGGAGGAAGUCUCGCCACACCCACAGCUGGGCUGGGUUAGGGCAAGCUGGAGGGUUGGG